AUGCAGAUGCAGCAGCAGAUGCAGCAGCAGCAGCAGAUGCAGUGCAGAUGCAGCAGCAGCAGCAGCAGUAGCAGCAGCAGAUGCAGUAGUAGUAGUAGUAGUAGUAGUAGUAGAAGCAGCAGUAGCAGCAGCAGCAGCAGCAGCAGCAGCAGCAGAUGCAGAUGCAGAUGCAGUAGUAGAAAAAAGGCAGCAGCAGCAGCAGCAGCAGCAGCAGCAGGAGGGGAAGCAGUAGAUGCAGCAGCAGUAGAUGCAGCAGCGACAACAGCAGUAGAUCAGCAGCAGGAAGAGCAGCAGGAGGGGCAGCAGCAGCAGCAGCAGCAGCAGAAGCAGCAGCAGCUCUCUGUCUGCUCCUGUCUGUGCAUCGAAACGCCUGCAGCAGCAGCAGCAGCAGCAGCAGCAGCAGCAGCAGCAACAGCAGCAGCAGGAAUAGCAGCAGCAGCAGCAGCAGCAGGAAUAGCAGCAGCACCAGCAGCAGAAGCAGCAGUAGUAGCAGGAGGGGAAACAGUAGAUGCAGCAGCAGUAGAUGCAGCAGCAGCAACAGCAGCAGGAGGAGCAGCAGGAGGGGCAGCAGCAGCAGCAGCAACAGCAGCAGCAGCAGCAGAAGCAGCAGAGGCAGCAGCAGCAGCAGCAGUAGGAGGGGAAGCAGUAGAUGCAGCAGCAGUAGAUGUAGCAGCAGCAACAGCAGUAGAUCAGCAGCAGGAGGGGCAGCAGAAGCAGCAGCAGCAGCAGCAGCAGAAGCAGCAGCAGCAGCAGAGGUAG